ACCGACGCCUUGCUCUAUAAGAUGUUACCGCCGUCUGUGGCCGACUCACUGCGAAGGGGACAGUCUGUUGAGGCCGAGUCUUUCGAUGCCGUCACUGUCUUCUUCAGUGAUAUCGUGGGCUUCACUAAACUGUCGUCUCAGAGCACUCCUCUUCAGAUAACAGAAUUCCUAAACGAUUUGUUCACUCUAUUCGACGCGACCUUAGAGUCAUAUGAUGUCUACAAAAUUGAGACCAUAGGAGACGCUUAUAUGGUGGUCUCGGGCCUUCCCAUUCGCAAUGAGGACAGACACGCCUCUGAGAUCGCGUCAAUGGCUCUCAAUCUUUUGGAUGAAAUCAAGAAUUUUAAGAUAAGACAUAUGCCUAACGAGAAGUUUAUGAUGAGAAUUGGCGUUCAUUCGGGACCCGUUUGUGCCGGGGUAGUCGGCAUCAAAAUGCCCCGGUAUUGCCUUUUUGGUAAGAGUAUACAGUAG